GCCACAUCAUCCUCCAUGGAGUUUUAAGGUGAUGGUGGGUUUAUUCUCCUUAAGAGGAGCAGUCCAUCCUGGCAGGGUUUGAACCUCCCUCAGAAGCAUGGGGCUGUUAUCAGGGUCAUGAUAUACUGAAAACCACACAAGAUAAAUCUGGGGAGGCAGGAAACCAUAAAGACCACAUUCAGACUGGAAGGAUAAAGGAAUUUUGGCAUCGCCCUUCACCUCUCUUAGAAAUAACAGCACAUUUUAAUCAGAGAUUUAUGCUGUGAUGAGGACAGAUUCAUCGGAGAUGACUGAUGUGGAGUCUGUGAUUAGCAGCUUUGCAUCUUCAGCAAGGGCCGGCCGACGCAAUGCCUUACCUGACAUCCAGAGUUCCGCUGCUACAGGUGGAUCCUCUGAUCUUCCACUGAAGCUGGAGGCAUUGUCCAUGAAGGAAGAUGUUAAAAAGAAGAGUGAAGAGAAAGCACAAGACCAACCGCAAAAGUCCCUAAAUGACGGAAAAUGAAGACUUACAAUUUAUCCAGGGUGUUGAUUUUAUGCACAUUGGGAGACAUAGCAGCUAUGCCUUCCUGAAGUGUUUGAUCUGGUAGUAAUCGUGGUAGUGUGUGCGUUUUAGGUAAUUUCGUUGUGCUGCUCUGUCCUUAAACCACAACCAUGAUACCCAAAUAGGUUAUUAAAAGGUAUUACAUUCAAAUUGCACCCAAGGAAGGACACACGGUUUAUACAUCCAAUGAAGUCCACUGUCUGUCUUGGGAUUUACUUAGUCAGAUACGUGUUUAACUAUGUUCUUAUUGAUAUGCAUAAACCAAAUCCUAUUAAUUUAAUACUUUGCAGAAUUUGUAGGAAAUUAUAUUUUUAGUGAGAUGGUAUUAAUAGUAAAAAAAAUCACAGGUAUAAAAUGUGUUUAUUUUUGAUCAAAAUGACACCAUAUUUUCCCCAAAAUUUAAGAGAGAUCUGCAAAUAUUGUAAAAGUUGUGACAACAUAAACAUCUCUCGGUUGCUUUUGUCUAAUGUAUUUGCAUCUAGUCUGUGUAUACUGUGACUUUUCAUAUGGAUGCACAGAAUGUAAACUUUGUGGCAAAUUGCUUACGUGAAAUAUGUGUAAUAAAUAAAUUUCACUAUAUUCCUUAA